UGUAUGGCUUCACUCCACUGCUCAUUUACACGAUGAAGACUGACAGGCGACGGCCAGCUCUGGUCCGCAGUCUCCGCGGACCGGGCGAGUUGUUCUCUGGCCAGUUACAAUUUAUCACAGUCGAAACUAUCAUGCUGAAGCUUAGCUUGGUGGCCUGGCUCAGUUUUUCUCUGGCGUGGCGCACCACGCCUACCGCCUGUCGCCAGACCAACACUCCCCAGAGCAUCCAGCAGAUGCUGGCCGCCCAACUGCAGAGCUACAUGGACCCGAAAGCGCGUCCCUGCGAGAACUUCUACCAGUACGCCUGUGGCAACUGGCAGUUGCAGCAGCAGGAGCACCAGGAGCAUUACUCUCCGCUCAAUACGAAGUGGACCAUGGAUCGGGAUCGUUACCAUGGGCAGCUGCUGCCGAAAGAUACCUUGGAUUUGAUAGAGCACUCCGUGAACCGGAAACUGGAACUCCUGCUGAGGCGCAGAAAUGAGAGCUUCACCGAGCUGAGUUCUACAGUUUUAGAGCAGAUGCGUCAAUACUACCGUUCAUGCAAACGCCUUAAGCCCUUUAACCUAAAGAAAUAUUUGCAGCUACUGACACCCAGCAACCACACGCAGUGGCCGUCUGUGACUCGAGGCUGGCGUCGGGAACAGUUCGAUUGGAUAGCGACCUUGGGACGACUGCGACUGCACGGACUGAACGGGGUGCUGUUCAGGGAAGAUGUUUUGCCGCGAUGGGACGACGCGCGCACCUACAGUAUCUAUGUGAACAAGCCGAGCCACCAGGAGACGCUGCCAAUGGGCGAGGGCGCUAUAAUCGAACUACUCCUGGACAUCGGACAGACCAAGCGCACGGCCAACGCCUUGGCUCGCCAGGUGGACGUCUUUGAACGAAAAUUACAUCGCCUGCAGCAGCUGGAUGACGAAGAAGGGCCUCGGGAAAUGCAACUCGGGUACCUGGCCACUUACCUGCCCCAGCUCCGAUGGGCGACUUUUUUAAGCCAAGUGCUUACCGAGAACGAGCUCGAUCUGCGUUCCACACUGAUCAUCGAGAACAUACCCUACCUAGUGGCCCUCAGCGAUCUGGUAGAAGCCGAAAGUCCGGACAUCGUCUGCAGCUACAUCAUGCUCAAGUGGUUGACCUUCCUUAAGCAACAGGGUCCCGCGGAGAUCUCGCGUAGUGAGUGUGUGUCCAGUCUUAGAAGGGCCAUGCCCUUGGCAAGUAGCUGGUUAGUUGGUCAGCAGUUUUCCGACCCUGACUCUGAGACCAACGUCCGCGCUCUCUUUCAGCGCCUCAAGUUGCGCUUUGCAUUGACCCUGGCUGAAAAUCGACUUCGACUAUCGCAGCCUCUUGUGAACAUCCUUCAGCAGAAGCUAAGCGCAAUGCACCUUCAGAUGGGCAUUGUUCAGCCAGAAGAUGUGGAAAAUGUUGAGCAGUACCACACGCGCCUCGACCUAAGUGACCAUUCCUUUUAUGGAAACCAGCUAGCCUUGCUUCGUCAACGUGUGGAGGCGAACCACAAUCUGCUCUCCAUUAGCUUAAUGAGCUCUACGAGUUCCACGAGAAGCAACGUCAGCUACCUCGCCGAAAGUUGGGAAGCCAGUAAUUCAUCACCCUUGUAUGUCAGACCCCGUAACUUGGUCAUAGUGCCUCAUGGUCUGCUCCAGUUGCCCGUGUGGCACCGCAACAUCAGCGCUCUGCAACAACACGCCGUGAUGGGAUUCGCCUUGGCCCAUGAACUGGCUCAUGGCUUCGACAUGAUGGGAAUGAACUAUGACGCCCUAGGGAACAUCAUGGGGCCUGUAGAAGAGAUCAGGGCUAGUAGUCAAUUCCGACAGGGACUCCACUGCCUGCAACAGCAGAUGGCUACCGGCUCAAAGUGGCUCGACGAAAAACUGGCCGACUUAGUGGCACUUCGGCUUACGUAUGAGACUUUCUUUGGGGUGCGUGCUGAUAAAAAGGAACCACGGGAUCCGUUAAAUCCACAGUUUAGCCAGCGGCAGUUGUUCUUUAUCAGCUUUGCCCAGUUUUUCUGCGGCAGCACACCCGUCCCAAGCCUUGGGAUACAUUCGCGUACACAUUUGGAGCACGCCGUUGACGAAUUGCGUGUGACACAGACGCUGGCCAACUUUGAGGAGUUCUCGAGGGAGUUUGGCUGCGAAAAAAAGGCCAAGAUGCAGGUCAGCGAGCGGUGCCGGCUCUGGUAAAGGUUCCUCCUAUUAGGACAUGACGAAAUCCAGCAAUAAAUAAUUCAAGCCAGGAAAUAAAAAUUGUCGUUUCUUGACAUAUAUUUUUAAAG